AUGGAUUCGAUGGAAGAUUCAACGAUGGAUUCGAUGGAAGAUUUCAACGGUGGAUUUGAUGGAAGAUUUCAACAGUGUAUUCGAUGGAAGAUUUCAACGGCGGAUUUGAUGGAAGAUUUCAACAGUGUAUUCGAUGGAAGAUUCAAUGAUGGAUUCGAUGGAAGAUUUCAACGGUGGAUUCGAUGGAAGAUUUCAACAGUGUAUUCGAUGGAAGAUUCAACGAUGGAUUCGAUGGAAGAUUCAACGAUGGAUUCGAUGGAAGAUUUCAACGGUGGAUUUGAUGGAAGAUUUCAACAGUGUAUUCGAUGGAAGAUUUCAACGGCGGAUUUGAUGGAAGAUUUCAACAGUGUAUUCGAUGGAAGAUUCAAUGAUGGAUUCGAUGGAAGAUUUCAACGGUGGAUUCGAUGGAAGAUUUCAACAGUGUAUUCGAUGGAAGAUUUCAACGGCGGAUUCGAUGGAAGAUUCAACAGUGUAUUCGAUGGAAGAUUCAACGGUGGAUUCGAUGGAAGAUUCAACGGUGGAUUCGAUGGAAGAUUUCAACAGUGUAUUCGAUGGAAGAUUCAACGGCGGAUUCGAUGGAAGAUUUCAACGGCGGAUUUGAUGGAAGAUUUCAACAGUGUAUUCGAUGGAAGAUUCAACGAUGGAUUCGAUGGAAGAUUUCAACGGUGGAUUCGAUGGAAGAUUUCAACAGUGUAUUCGAUGGAAGAUUUCAACGGUGGAUUUGAUGGAAGAUUCAACAGCAGAUCUGGAUGUGGAUGA